AUGAAACAGCAGAUGAUAACGUCUCUACCUCCAGCUCAGCGAUCCACUUCCGCAACUGACAUCCUGAUCUACUCGCAAACGAUGGACGAACAGCGGAAGCACGUAAAUUUAGUACUAGCAGCCCUCCAAGCCGCCAAGUUACUAGUCAACACCGAGCAAAGCGACUUCCUUACGCAACGAGUUGAUUUCCUAGGAUUCACCAUCACCCCAGGAGAGGUGCGGAUCCAAGAGUCAAAGAUUUCAUCAGUCAGAGACUGGCCCGUACCAAACAGUGUCGCAAACGUACGAGCAUUCGUACGGUUUACGAACUACGUUCGACCUCUCAUCACGAACUUUGAGAAGCACGCCGGACCCCUGACGGACCUGACGAAGAAGGACCGAGAAUUCGAAUGGAUAGCCAAGGAACAACAGGCUUUCGAUCCCAUUCGAGAACUUAUUCUCAGCGCAUCCGACUGCGCACUCGGAGGACAGCUUGGCCAACGCGACGAGAAUGGUAAGCUACACCCUGUAGCGUUCUUCUCCAAGAAGCUGCACGGACCAGAGUUGAACUAUCAGAUCCACGACAAGGAACUGAUGGCAGUUAUCGAAGCAUUCAGGGAAUGGAAACCAUACCUCAGCGGUACAGAACGACCAGUGAAGGUCUAUUCAGACCACAAGAACCUGACACACUUCAUGACAACGUAG